UUUGAACUUAGGACACUACUACUAUUAGUAAACAUAUUUUCAAUUAGACUGCAAUUCAUUUGUUAUUGUGUUUUAUAUCCAAAUAUAAUGGUAAAAAGCUAUUCCUUAUCCCCAAUUUUUUUAAAAACCUAACAAUUAAACACUUACUGGGCUAUCCUAAUCUAGUAGAAUAUGUCGAGAGCAAUUGUUGAGCAGUGUAGACACCGAAUGUAUUUUACCAUUUUUUUCAUAAUACGAAACCCAUAUGAACUUUUAUUGUAACUUUUACUAGUAGGAUGUUUCAUAUUCUUUAAUUUUUAUUUUUAUUUUGAUUUUUAAUUUUAAUUUAUUUUUUAAUAUAUUUUUAAAGAAAACAACCCUAUAUAAAAUUUAUGGGUUUGUCACUGAAAAUAAUUGUUCACCAACUCCACUAAUCUUCUAUGUAAAAUGGGUGAAUUCAUAAUCGCUAUAUGAAUAUGACCAAAUACCUUAUGUACAUACACAUAGUAUAUUCAAGCUUGGAAAAUAAUAUUCUCUUACUGCAUAUUUACCAUGGAGAUGGCUAGUUUCAUAUAGCAUUUCAACUUGCUGUUUACUUCAAUACAGUAUAUUCUGCUAUCUCUACGCACCAUUUCUCAAUUGUUUCCCGGAAGAAAACUCUAACCAAUUUGAAGUACCCACCCUUUUGCACGUACUCUGCCCGUGAUGGUAUCAAGAUCUAAGAAGGCGACGACUAGACAACACGAAACGAUUCAACUUUCUUCUUCAAACUACAAAAAAGAGGAGGUUUAUAUAGUAACAAUAAGUCGUCCUUAAAUAUCACUUCUAGAGACAAACUAUUGUCCCACAUAAUCAAUAUCACGAUUCUAUUGGGCCUAUAUGGGGAGAAAAUAUCGUCCCCUUUUUCUUUCUAUAGGGUGACAUAUCGUUUAUAUAGAGACGACAAGUUGUCACUUAUGACUUUUGGAGACAAACAAUUAUCCUCUAACUUGUGUAUUGGGAGACAAGGAGUUGUCAUUUACACACCUUUUGGGAAAGGUUAAUUGUCUCAUAUGUAACUCGUAUGAACCAUACACUUUCUAACAAAGAAUAUAUAUACACUAAAUGUACUAAAAUACUGUCUUUAUUAGUGAUAAUAGAAAAAUAGGCUUAGUGUACUGCUGAAUAUAUUGAUAUAUAAAAGCCUUAGUUACAAUCACUGUUCAUUAGUGGCCCCCACUCUCAAAAGUUUAGCCUUCAUUGGCCCAAGUGGCACCCUUCCCCUCUCAUAGAAAUUUUAGCAUAUCUUAUUACCCCACUCUCCAUUGACAGACCUUUGGAUCUUUCUUUUCUCCAUUGGUCGCACAUCAAUUCUGCAAUACCCACAAGACUUUCUUCCAAUCCCUCUCUACUUUUUUGCUUUCCUUCCCACACGCAAGACUUCUGUUCUUCCAACCAUUCUUCUGACAUCUUUUACUUCCAAUGCUUCCUCUGCCAGCCUUCCCUUGCCAUCUUCUCUUCAUUAUUGAAUGUCCAUCACCACUUUGACUAUGGGUUGCAUUAGCGAGACUCUCCCCUUUGCUCAAUCACACGCAACUCUUGCUUUUCUUUCUCUUUGUUUCUCGGUCCUCUCACUCUCUUUCGCUGUGAAGAUGAAGAAGAUGUUCAUCAAGAGGAGGCAGAAGAUACUGCUCUCUUAUUUCUUCCCGCUUGCUCGACAGAAUCCUAGGUUCUGAUCCCUCUGUUUUUCGUCUUCUUCAGAUCUCACCUGCUGAAUUUCAUGUAGCUUCUUAUAUUUUGUUUCAUUUUUAAUCUUUGCUCCCCUCACUGGUUUGCAGAGAAAGCAAAACUCAUUGAUAAGUACGACGGCGUGGGAAAGAGAAGGCGGGUGAAACAGUGAAGAUUAAUGAAUGCCAAAGAGAAAGAGGAAAGCCACCUGGUGUAGCGCCGAGAUCUGCAAGAGAUGGGAUUCUGUCGAGCCCGGUACAGGUGGAAACGGAAGCAGAGGGAGGGCAGCAAAAUUGGGAGUGCGUCUCAAGUGGGAUUCCACCAAGGCCGUCUGUGUUCUUUGGGGAGUGCAUGACGAUUGGUGGAGAGCUGUGGAAUGCUGAGAUUCCUUCAAAAGCGCUCUUGGAGUGGGGAACAAUGCUCUGGUGGGAGAGGCCGAUAGGAGAACUGGUAGGUGUGUUGCAGCUGCUGCGUUUCGUGGGGAAAGGCAUCGGCCUCUGCUAUGAUCACGUUGUUCGGAAAGUGUUGAGACUAUGGGGUUUUGGGGAAUAAGAGAUCCGAUGAUUCAGAUUAAUUCCGCUGAGGGAGGGUUGUGCGGGGUAGGAAUUAGCAACGAUUUAUGACGAUUGCAGCAUCUGUUGUUCUUUUUCCUUUUAUUUUCUUAUUAUUUUCUCUUACAUAGCAAGUUUAGCUCAUGGAACUCUGUAUUUGCUUUUUCAGUUUUUCACAAGGUUUGCAGGUGUGAUGGUUUGAUCCGCUUCAAGACAAAGGACUUUGGGUGAGUAUUGAAUAAUCCCGACAUACACUCAGAGAAUUAUCUGGUUCGAUUGUACACUUAUAUGUUGUGGAGCUUCUAUGAUGGAUUCGUUUAUUUUUUUUUGGUGAAAUGAGGUGUUUACAUGAUUUUCAAUAGAGGAUGAGAUUAGAUGGCUGUGUAUCCGGAGCAAGAACUAAGUCACCAGUAACGAGUAUGGGGUUGCGACGUGGCAUGGUGAAGAACGAGUCCUGCCAGGACGAUUUUGUGGUUACCGUGAAAACAAGCAAAGUUCGAUUGAAGCGGCAGAAUUCAGCAAAGAAACUCGAAGCCAGUUUGUGGCGAUGGGCCUGAAGUGGGCACGGCGCAUCCACCGUCUGGAAUUUUCUAGCACACUUUUCAGCAGCGGUCACCUGUAAUUUCACUUCUCUCUCAAUUCUGGGUUUUAUAGAUUAACGACCAUGACAUAUUGCUAUUGGAGAAGCCCUGAUGAUGGAUCCAUUCGAAUUGUGGGUUUUUGUUUUCUCAGUUCGUGGAGGACCGCUAAAGAAAGUUGUUUCAUUUCUUGGUUUUUGGUUGUUUAAAAAAGAGGAUGGAUUGAUUGCUGCUGAUACUAUCAAGAUGUCCACUAGCAGACUUCACUUUCAAUUGAAGAACAAAUGCACUGCAUUAUUGUUUUGUUCACGGGUCAUGGUUGUUUCUUGGUGUUUUUUUAAUUGCCAUUACUUUUGAAAUGGUAGCAGAUGGUGACUUGUGAUUACUCAGUUAUUUCUGCUACAAGAAACCGUGUAAGUUGAAAUACAGAUGCCUUAUGUUUCUGCUGAGUACUGGAAAUGAUGUUAGUUGGAGGGUUCAUAGACUCUUUUUUUCGUCAACAACAGGGUUCAGAGUUCAGACACUCUUGAUUACCUUGACAAAAGGAUUUGUUACCAAAUAAGAUAACAUUGAAGGGCCGAUUCAUUCAUGAAUGGUUAUUUUGUGGCAAAAGGACUUGCUCAUUUAACCUCUGUUAAUUGCUAGCAGAUCUUUUUUAUAUUAUAUAUGUUAAUUGAAUCUGCUUUAGGUUAGGUUUUCCUACCUUCUCCCUCUAAGAUGUUGAUUGGUAUGAACACUAUCACAAAGUUGAUGGGUAUGAGCCUUGGAAACUGUUUCAGAUCGUUGGAUAGGGGUUAAUUGGUCCAUAGUUGAUGGUUUAUUUUGUUGGUUGGUCUUAGAUUCAUGAAUGCUAAAGCUUAAAAUUAGUAAAAUACUGGUUGCUACAAAAGAUUUGAUUAUGAUUUUUUGGGAUCUGCUGUUACUUCCUUUCAAACAUUUUAUUUACUUUGUGUUUGACGAAUUUGUAUUCAGCUCAUGCUUUGAUCAAUUUCCUUAACAAGGUUGUGCUCGAAACACAGGCUUGCUUUCUUGUGUGAGUCGGCUCUAUUUACUUUUCUAUAUAUUGUUCAGCGUGUAUGUUUUCUCAACUAAACCCAAUCAUCCAAGUCAAAAUGUAGGGGAAGAGGCCAUCAAUUCCCUUUAGAGUCACUAUCAUCAGAUAUCGAAUAUUAGGGGCUGCUGAUAAGUAGUUUAAGCAUCUUCUUUAUUAUUUUGGCAUAUGUGAAUCUUGCGUAGUAGAUUGGUUAGGAAUUGUCAGGCAAUAGUAUUGGAAGUCUACUGGGAAUUUGAGGAAAGUAUGGAGUAUAUGAAUAACCCAUGUGUUAAAAGAAUAGCAUGUGGAACUAUAAUAACAAAGCAGCCACAAUGCACUAAGUCAAUACAUGAUUAUCACAUAAGCAUCAACGAACAGAACAAAGUCCUGAACCAUGGAACUAUCUUAGUGAUUCGCAUUUCAAUGCCCCAAGUAUCAAAAGGUAAAUGAAGGCUCUUCUUGGUCAUAUGUUGCUAAUUCCUAUUGCAAUUAGUUGAAAACUGACGUGGUUGUAUCCCCUCAUUUACAGAGUUAUGCAGAGGUUUUGAGGGAGCUUGAUGAAUGACAAGGCAGUGGCAGUGUCAUUGCCUCAUGUCAAUGAAUCUUCUAAAGGCAAAGGGAAUCUUCAGGAGUGGGCUAAUGCAUGUCUUCGUCUUCGUAUAUGUGAUGUCGAUAGGGUUGUUUAGAGAUGUGAUGUCGAUGGCCUCGAUUAAUAACUAAAAAAGAAAUCUGCCAACUUGCAAGGCUCAGUAUGUAUAUAUUUUGCUUCAGUAAGAUUUGAAGGAGAGCAUGAUGCUAUUUUUUAAUUUUGUGUUUCAUGCACUUCUCAAAUUAUUAUCUAAGGUUUUCAGUACGGUUUAGUGGUAAUGCUCUAACCUUGAUUUCACUCCAAGUAAUAGUGAACUUUUAUCUUUUGCUAUUCGUUGUAAAUAGCAAUUAUAUAAUGUUAUUGCUUAUGCGCGAAGCGUAGCGAGCGGGUCUUUGCUAGUAUUACAGGUACUAGAGCACUCCACUAAUUUAUUCAUCCAAAUCACGAGCUCCUUUUGUCUUAAAUCACUAACUUCUAACUUGUUGCAUGCUCGACUUCCCUGUCUUCACCUGGCACUACAUUUGGUCGGCUUGAUUUCUGAUCUUUGUGUUAAGAUGAUUUGUUGGGCUUGAUCUUCCAGUUUCAAAAAGUUAUUUCACUGUUAAACUAUGCAUAUACUGCUUUGGAAAAUGAAUAGAAAAAGAUAAUAAAGUCAGAAUAGUUAAAAUAACUCAGAUAGCUUGUAAUAUGAAUGACUGAAAGAUGAUCUUCUUUCUACAAAGGGUAUCACAUUAUUAACUAACUCGACUUAAAAGGUGGGUAUGAGAGAACUCACAAUACUCAAAGCACUUGGCUUGUCCCCUGCUCCUCUUCAAGUUUAUCUAAAUUUCAAACCCUCAAAAUGCAAAUGAUCAAAGCAACAUCCAUGAAGUAGAGAUCAGUCAAGCAUCAGUAGAUGAAUAAUAGAAACCAAGGUCCCUGUAUAAGCAAGGAAAUAAUAGUUAUGGUAAAAGCAUCCACAAAAGAAGAACUAAAUUAACUUGAGACGCAAAAUCAAGUGGCAUUCAUGUUUUUAACAAUAAGUCCCACAUUCAAUUUCAGAAUCAAGCAUGUGAAUCCUUAAUUUAUUUAUCAAUACAGCCUGUAGAUACUUCCUAGAGUAGAAAGCAGAGAUUUUCAACUAAACCUCCCGGUUACCAAUCAACAAGGACAUGCGGCUUGGUCAAGAUCGAGGAAUGAAUCACAUUCCUGGCA